GGCGUUCUUUCAGCAAUGUUGGGGGGUUCUCAAAAAAGAUAUUAUGGGGUUUUUUUCAGAAUUUCAUAAUAGUUGCCAGUUCGAGAAGAGCUUGAAUGCUACUUUUGUUUCCCUUAUUCCUAAGAAGGCUGAUGCGAUGGAAGUUAAGGAUUUUAGGCCUAUUAGUUUGGUGGGAGGGGUCUAUAAAAUUAUCUCUAAGGUCCUUGCUAACAGGCUUAAAUCAGUGUUGGGAAAAAUUAUCUCGAGUUCUCAGAAUGCUUUUAUUGGUGGAAGGCAAAUCUUGGACUCAGUUCUUAUUGCCAAUGAAUGUUUGGAUAGUCAGAUACGGUCAGGGGAGGCUGGGUUAUUAUGCAAACUGGAUUUGGAGAAAGCUUAUGAUCACGUGAAUUGGGAUUUCCUUCUUUACAUGCUUCAGAGAUGUGGGUUUGGGGAGAGGUGGAGGGAUUGGAUUAAAUGUUGCAUUUCUACAGUAAAAUUUUCCAUAUUGAUUAAUGGUACCCCUCAUGGUUUCUUUCAGAGUUCGCGGGGGAUUAGGCAAGGUGAUCCUCUUUCUCCUUUGCUGUUUGUGGUGGUUAUGGAAGCGCUUAGCAGGAUGUUGUAUGCGUCUAUGCAUCAAGGCUUGCUGUCAGGUUUCUCUGUGGGCAUUAGGGGUAAUGAAGCUUUAGUGGUGAAUCACUUAUUGUUUGCGGAUGAUACCUUAAUUUUCUGUGGAGCACAAGCCGAGCACGUUCGAAAUUUGAGGUGUACCUUCUUAUGUUUCGAAGCGGUGUCAGGGUUGAGGAUCAAUUUAGGCAAAUCCGAAUUGGUCCCUGUUGGCGAGGUGGAAGAUGUGGAGUCUUUGGCACAUAUUCUGGGGUGUAGAAUUGGGUCUUUGCCGAUGACCUAUUUGGGUAUGCCGUUGGGAGCGUCUUUCAAAUCUAUUUCUAUUUGGAAUGGGGUUAUUGAGAAGGUGGAACGAAGGUUGGCUAGUUGGAAGAAACUUUAUUUAUCCAAGGGAGCUAAAAAGCUGGAGCAGCUUCAAAGGAAUUUUCUCUGGAAUGGUAUGGGUGAUGAGACUAAAUUUCAUUUAGUCAAUUGGCAUCGUAUUUGUCUUCCAAUUAAGGCUGGUGGACUAGGAGUUCGUAAUGUUAUUAAUUUCAAUCAAGCCUUAUUGGGGAAAUGGAUCUGGAGAUUUUCUCAGGAGCGCGAUGCUUUGUGGAGAUCGGUUAUUGAGGUGAAGUAUGGGAGUGUGAGGGGAGGUUGGUGUUCUUUACCGGUGACAGGGCCUUAUGGUGUCAGUGUUUGGAAGUUUAUUCGUAAGGGGUGGGAUAAUGUUGCCAAGUUUUUGCGUUAUGAGGUGGGUGAUGGGUCCCAUAUUCGCUUUUGGCAUGAUCUAUGGUGUGGGGACAGGCCUCUCAAGCUCUGUUUUCCAACUUUGUUUACCAUUGCGCGUUCUCCUGAUGCUUGGGUGGUGGAUAAUUUGUCUAUGGUUCGAGGUGUGGCUCAUUGGAAUGUUCUCUUUACGCGCAAUGCUCAGGAUUGGGAGUUGGAGAUGGUGAUGUCCUUUUUCGAACAGUUAUACUCUACUCGGGUUCGGCAUGGGGAGGUUGAUAGGGCGGUGUGGAUUCUUUCCAAGAGGAGGAAUUUUGAAGUGAAGACCUUCUAUAAAGCUUUAGUUUGUCACGAGACGGCUUCUUUUCCUUGGAAGGGUAUAUGGCGUGUUAAAGCUCCGAAGCGGGUUGCGUUCUUUGUAUGGACAGCAGCUUUAGGGAAGAUUUUAACUCAUGACAACUUACGAAGGCGUGGAAUUGUGGUGGUCGAGUGGUGUGUUAUGUGUAAAAAGCAUGGGGAAUCCGUUGAUCACCUUCUUCUCCAUUGUGACGUGGCUCGAGUUGUUUGGAGUUUUUUUUAUGGUUUGUUUGGGGUGGAGUGGGUUAUGCCUAGGAGCGUAUUGGACUUAUUGAGUGCUUGGGGUACUUUGCUGGGUCGUGGUCCUGCUCACCGUGUUUGGAAGCAGGUUCCUCUUUGUGUUUUGUGGGGCUUGUGGCGGGAGAGAAAUUCUAGGCUUUUUGAGGAUGUGGAGGUUCAGGCUGGGGCUCUUUGUAGAAUUAUGCUUAAUAUGUUGUUUUUUUGGGUGUCGGCGAAUGGCAUGGGUAGUAUGUCGUACGCUGAUUUUUUACUUUCUUGUUCGUUUCGGUCCUCUAAUUAG